AUGAGUUCGAAAUUCGACGUUGUCAUCUGCGGCAGCGGAACCGCUGGUUUAGCCGCCGCGACAUGGCUGGCACAAUACGGAGUUGACUGCAAGAUCUUGGAGUCUCGGUCAGGCCCGCUGGAUGUUGGGCAAGCCGAUGGCAUCCAAGUCCGAUCUGUGGAAAUUUUCGAAAGCUUCGGCAUGGCCGAGGAGCUGCUCCGAGAAGCCUACCACAACAUUGAAGUGGCGUUCUGGGGCUCCAACCCUACCAGCAGUGGCAUGGGCAUCGUGCGCAAACGAAGCGCGCACGCCACGACCCCGGGCCUGUCGCAUAUGCCUCGUGUUAUCUUAAACCAAGCACGGUUCAAUGAGAUGUGGCUGGAAGCCAUGAGGCGCCGGAACGGGCAGGAAGUUGACUACGGACAUAAAGUGACGAAAGUCACAGUUGAUGAAGAGAAGGCCACGGAUCCAGACGCUUACCCGGUGACCAUUGUGGCUCAGAAAGAUGGUCAAGAGCAGGUGUUCGAAGCCAAGUAUUGCUUGGCAAGCGAUGGCGCUCAUAGUGCUGUCCGAAAGUCAUUGGGCUUCAACAUGGUCGGAGAAACGUCCGACUCGGUUUGGGGCGUGAUGGAUGUCUUUCCACGAACCAACUUCCCCGACAUCCGGAAGCAAUGUAUAAUCCAAUCGGACGCCGGCAGCAUCAUCACCAUCCCCCGCGAAGGCGGCUCAAUGGUACGAGUCUAUGUCGAACUUGCGGCAGGGACCAAUGCAAAAGAGGUCACGCUUGAGCAGAUACAGAAUGCUUCGCGUCAGGUGUUUCAUCCAUACGCGCUCGACGUGGCCGAUGUCUGGUGGUGGUCCGCCUAUCCUAUCGGGCAGCGUAUCGCGGACCAUUUCUCCAAAGCCAACCGCGUCUUCUUGACGGGGGAUGCGUGCCACACGCAUUCUCCGAAGGCAGGCCAAGGCAUGAACGUCAGCCUGCAGGACGGGUACAACAUCGGCUGGAAAUUAGCCUCCGUCCUCAAAGGCCAUGCGGGACCCGAACUGCUCGAGACUUAUGUCCUGGAACGGCAGAAGGUGGCAGACGUGCUGAUUAACUGGGACAAAGUCUGGGCGAAACAGAUGUGCUCGAUCGCCAAGGAGGACGGUGGGGUCGUCGACGCCAACGGGAAGAUUGACUUCAGCGAGGUCUUUGUGAAGGCCGAGGCUUUUACGGCCGGGCUGACGGUCACCUACGGCGAUUCGAUCAUUACUCAGGCUGGAGACAGUAAUCAGCAAGCGGCCACCAAUCUCAAAGUGGGGAUGCGACUUCCGGCUGCCCAGGUGGUUCGAUUCUGCGAUGCAAAGGUAAUGAAGACAGUGAAUGCUCUGCCUUCUGAUGGGCGGUGGAGGAUCAUGAUCUUUCCAGGAGACAUUCGACAGCCGUCGGCCUCUACAAGGCUAGCUCAGCUUGGAACAUACCUGUUCUCCAAUCAUGGUCCGAUACGGAAAUACCUCCCUCCCGGCGCAGACAUUGACAGCUUGAUCGAGGUCAUUGUGAUUCUCUCUGGUGAGAGACUUGAGAUACAACAAGACCAGAUACCAGAUGCGUUUUGGCCUACAACCGGCAAAUACAGGAUGAGAGAUCUGCACAAAAUCUACAUUGAUGAUGAAACUUAUCACAACGGCCACGGUCAUGCAUACGACUUUUACGGGAUCGAUCCUGAACGGGGAGCAGUCGCCAUUGUCCGCCCAGAUCAAUAUAUUUCCAAGGUGCUCGAUAUGAAAAAUCACGAAGGGAUUAGUGCCUUCUUCGAGAAAUUCCUGCAGAAAAAGGGACAGGCGAACGGCUCGUUGAAUAGUCACGACGAAUGGACCCUUGCGUGA